UUUCAGAAGGCAUGAAAAUAGCCGUUAGUUCAAUUACAAAAUUAAGAAAUUUUGCAAGCUACAUACGUAAAUCUCAGCCACUAUUUGAAGACCUCAAAAGAAUUUUUCAAACAAACGGGAGGCCUUUUCUUGUACCUGACUUGGACGUACCUACCCGAUGGAACAGCACGUAUAUUAUGAUUGAAAAGAUGUUCCGAAUUUGUGAAAUGACUGAUGAUUUGGUGGAAGAUAAUCCAACAUUAAAGGAUCGUUAUCUAAAUGAUAAUGAAUGGGAUGAAAUUAAUGUGAGUAUUUAG